UAGCGCCAUCCAUUCCAAGUGUAUUUGAUAUGCACUCUAGCACUCGUAACCUGUGGGUUAUUGGUUGUAGGAGCUUGCGGGUGUGGACUAUUUUGCCAGGCUGAAACUAGAGCCCAGCUGCGAGCAAGGAACUGGGUGCAGCCAUGGCAGCCUCCGUUGCUUCCGCUUCGUGCAAAACGUCGGUCGCCUUGGCCUCGAACUCCAAGCUCGAGAAGGUGCAGACCAUCAAGUCAGCCUCCCUUAGCAGCGCGUUCGGCUUGACGCCGGCUGCUGCUCGCGUGUCCUGCAACUUGGAGGAGAAUGUGAGGAGCGUUGUUGAUGGCGCCAAGGCCGCUGCUCUCGUCCUGGCCUCAUCGGCCCUCAUGGCUGGGGCUGCAUUAGCUGAAGGAGUUCCACAGAGGUUGACGUUCGACGAGAUCAACGCCCAGACUUACAUGGACGUGAAGGGGUCGGGAACCGCUAACCAGUGCCCCAUUGUGGCGGAGGGAUCCGGUCAGUUUUCCUUCAAGGAUGGGGAGUACACCAUGAGGAAGCUCUGCCUCGAGCCUACCUCUUUCACCGUGAAGGCCGAGUCGCCAUUCAAGGGAGGCAGUGAGGGCUACCAGCAGACGAAGCUGAUGACUCGAUUGACCUACACUUUGGACGAAAUCGAGGGCCCUCUGACCGUUAAGGGCGGUAACCUGAGGUUCGAGGAGAAGGACGGCAUUGACUACGCCGCCGUGACCGUGCAGCUGCCAGGAGGAGAGAGGGUUCCCUUCCUGUUCACUGUGAAAGAGUUGGUGGCAGAAGGUAAACCGGAGGCAUUCGGUGGAUCAUUCUUGGUGCCUUCGUACAGAGGAUCAUCUUUCUUGGACCCUAAGGGUAGGGGUGGAUCCACCGGUUACGACAACGCCGUCGCUCUGCCUGCUGGUGGUGCCGGAGAUGAAGAGGAGUUGGCGAAGGAGAAUGAGAAGAAUACUGCUGCUUUGAACGGCAACAUCACCUUCAGCAUUGCCAAGAGCAACACGGAGACUGGGGAGAUUGCAGGAACAUUCGAGAGCAUCCAGCCAUCAGACACUGACCUGGGGUCGAAGGCUCCGAAGGAGGUGAAGAUCGAGGGUAUCUUCUACGCGCAGCUGGAUUAGACUUAAGAGAGUUCAGUGUAUCUGGCGUGGAUAGAUGUCCUUGGGCUUCGCUAGGCUUUCUCUGUGAUAUGUAAUGUUUUCGGCCCUUAAAUGGUCAAUUUGUCGAAUUUUCAUCGCUCACUGCAGAUCACUCCUAAUACUGAUAUUUCUGCGCAGUGGUAUGUCGAAACAGAAGAGUGAUUGUUCGCUAUAGCCUGAAUGGUUUCAUUGACUAACGUGAUGGAUGUGUAGAAAUCAACAUCAGAGAGCGACCUUGUAUAAUGCAUACUGGAGAUCUUUGUGGAA